CACAAGCUGCAGUCGCUUCAUUGACACACAUGUACAUCUCAUCACAUUCCUGCAGGAUAUCUCUCACUGGAUUCUGCUUCCCCAUGAGCCCCUGACCUCUGACCCCUGAGUGAAGACCACCUGAUGGAUCCAGCCACUCCUCCAAACAUCCCUGAGGACCCAAGAACACUUCAUCACGGGGGUUCAGGAUCGUCUGGUUAUUCGUCUGGGCCGGGAGGGAGCACAGUGCUGCCCAGCGCUCCUGCAGGUGACUCUGUAAGCAUCCUGACCACCAGCCCAGCCAAUGACACAGACAGCAUCCAGACCGGCCACCCGGUUACCGACGGCGACAGCAUCCAGACAGCUAAUGCCGCCUACGACACUGACAGCAAUCAAACAACACAUCUGGCCUAUGAGACUGACAGCAACCGGACUCUCAACCCGGCAUUUGACACAGACUGCGCCCUCCACCCUGCGUUCACUCUGGAGAGGAUGGGAGGUGAAGGUCCGUCCACCAGUUUCCCACCGAAUCCAUCGAUGGACCCGCCUCCAUACAGCCCACCAGACCCUAAAACGGCUUACCUCGUGUACCCCACACCUCUGCCCCAUAACCCCAACCAACCUGUCAUCACCUGCCAGCCCGGAGCCAAUCCAUCGGCUUUCUACCAGACCCCCUUCCCCUCUCCAUCCACCUACCCAUCAUACACCAUAUACAUGAAUGGAGCGCUGCCGGGAGAAGAGCAGCCGUCUUUACCCAAAGAUUACCUGACAGAGUCUGUGCUGGUCACCGUCUUCUGCUGCUGGAUGAGCGGUCUCAUAGCUGUCAUGUACUCACACGAAACCCGUGCGGCGCUGGCCAGAGGUGACGUCCGUGAAGCAGAGAAAACCUCACAGAAGGCUCGUACGCUGGUCUUGUUCAGUUUAAUAUUCGGCAUCAUCGUGAUUGUGGGCUGGGUUGUUUAUGUAUUAGUAGCUCUCUUAGCAUAGAAAUAUAACUACAAAUAUAUAUUCUAUAACAACAAAUUCAAGUGGAUCCAAACCCUGAUGUAAUAGUGUUGAAGUAUUUAAGAGAAAAAUGUGAAAUAACAUCUCAUAUAUAUAAUAUAUAUAUAAUAAU